AUGAUAGGCCGCUGGCUCUCGGACCUGCCCAUGGACGAUCCAGCCCGCAAGUCGACCUCAAAGCCCAUGCUGCGGCGCUUCAUCCUCCAUACUAAGCCGAUAAAGUACCUGCAUCUCCUAGGAUCAGGCACUGAAGGCGUGGUCUACCGCGUGGAAAUCGAGGGAAAGGAGUAUGCGAUCAAAGUGUUCCGCAACUGGACCUACACCGGCACCAAACUCAAAGGCCGCGCCCAGCACUACACAUUCCCCAUCGCGAACGAGGCCCGAGCCUUUGCCCGUCUUGACAGCAUAGGCCAAAACGGUACAUGGGCAGUAAAAUGCCAUGGCUGGAUGAAGAUCUCUGGUCGCCAGCGCCUCAAAAGUAUGCGUGAAUACACCUGUUGGGCCAUUGUCAAAGACUACCUACCACACCCAGUCUCGAUAUCAGAUAUCCCUGAAAUUCGACGGAAGAUGAAAAUUGCCCGCAAGGCGCUCAUUCAUCCGAGCGAUACGCAGCCGUGUAACUAUCGAGACUCGUUCUUUGUUGAUUUGGGCCGUGUCAAGACGCAUCCAUAUCCACCCCAGAUGUGGUCAAACCGGGAGCGGAGGGAGUUUUUUACCUGGUUCGAUGGAUAUGCUAGUCGAUGGGAGGUUUCCGUCCGGGAUGGAUCAGUUGUCGAGGGCUGGUUGAAUCAGGAAUUUAAGCGGUCCAUUGCGGAGGUGGAGGCUCGAAACAAACGAGAUGAGGCCGCGAAACAGCGAAAGCUCCUUGCUACCGUUCCUGAUGCAACUGCUGAUGAUCAGUCGGAUUGGACGUCGAAUUCUUCCUGA